AUGGUCACUUCAAAGUCCAUCUUAACUGUGCUCUCCCUCGGCCUUCUUGGUACUGCUCAAGCAUACAGCCGUGGCGAGUGUCAGUAUCCAACACAGAAUCCGCUCCAGGGCUGUCCUCAAGGAACCCUUCUCGUUGGACCCAAUGCAAAGUUCACCAGCAUCCAGUCUGCUGUACUGUCAAUUCCAAACAAUACAGUCCCUUACUACAUUCUAGUUCUAGCAGGCAAUUAUACCGAGCAAGUCAAUGUCACCCGCCCCGGCCCUUUGACUUUGCUCGCCCAAACCAAGUUCCCCAACGACAACACCAUGAAUACGGUCAAUGUGAUUUGGCACAACGCUACUGGAACAGCCAGCACAGGAAGUUAUGACAACGCAUAUACUUCUACUCUUACCAUUGCGCCGACCUUCAACAGCAGUCUGACUGGCAGCGGACCUACCGGCAACCGCGUACCCGACGGCACACCCUUCGGCAACACCGACUUCAGAGCCUACAACCUCAACUUUAUAAACGACUACCUACCAUACUCCGCCGGGCCCAGUUUAGCUCUCAGUGUCAGCUAUGCUAAUGCCGGCUUCUACUACUGUGGCUUCUACAGCUAUCAAGAUACCAUCUACAUCGGGAAACUAGGAAACACAUACAUGUACAACAGCACCAUCGCCGGCCAAACAGACUUCCUCUACGGUUUCGGCACUUUAUGGAUCCAAUCUUCAUUGCUCUCUCUACGUAAUUGCGGCGGCGGAAUUACAGCCUGGAAGGGCACAAACACUUCCUUCGUUAACCAUUACGGCGCAUAUAUCCACGACUCGUUUGUUCGUGCUGCAAACAGCUCCCUCGAUAUCGUAGGAAAGUGUGCUUUGGGGAGACCUUGGAAUGCUGGCCACAGAAGCAUUUUCGCAAAUACGUAUCUGGAUGACUCGAUCAUCCCGAGUGGGUAUAUCAAGUGGAGUGCGUCUGAUCCGAGGAUCGGAGCAAAUACGACAAUGGCGGAGUAUGUGGAUUAUGGGCCCGGGUGGAAUGCUACUGGGAGAGCGCAGGCUAAUAUCACGCUUGUUAUGACGGAUGCAGACUAUGCUCCUUACAGCACCGUUGAGAAGGUGUUCCAGUAUCCAUUCUCGGGCAAGUUUGGAAACACAAAGUGGAUUGAUAGGAAGCCACAAGUACAUAGAAACUGA